GUGACCGAGCCCGUCCUUUCGUGUUCCUGUGGUGUAGACGGCGGGAUGUGUGAGGGCGUGUUCAGUCAGUGCCCGCUGCUCCUACCGCAGGACCUGCGCGGGAGAGUGUACGAUGGCUUCAUCAGGGCGCAGGAAAAGGACUUUCGACUCAGGGUCAUUUUGCCGACAGAUUUACAACUACAAAAUGCCAGGUUAGAGUGCAGUUGGCAACUGAAGAACGUUCUGCAGGGAUAUCUGCACCUCCUGAAGCAGAGGUUGCAGCACAGUCCAAAUCUAAGCAGCUUUAUGAUGGAGCUGAAGACUAUAUUGGAUUCUGCUCUGAAGAACACAAAUUCAAUAGAAGCCUCUCCUGCUCCACAGUAUUAUUCUUGCCUGGUUACGGACAUAGAGAAUUUAGGAUGGGAUAAAUUAUUAUUUGUAGAUGAUGAGUUUCGUACAAUCAAAUUAAAAAUUAAAGAUUCUUCAGGACGUGAACACGUAAUUGUUGUGAGCCUAAGUGCAAAGUACCCAUAUAAAGCUCCAGAUUGUUGCGUAGACUUACCAGUAGCAUUUUCCGUCUCAUGGACACCACAGGUGGGUGGUUUUUAG